GGUCAAUGACAUGUCAUUUUUAACCACACUAAUACAUCAUAAUUAAGUUGUUGAUAUGUAUAGGGUGGCAGGGUGGGGCAUUGCUUAGCAUUGUCACCUCACAGCAACAGGGUUUGAACCAGGAACCAGGAAUCCAGCCCCUUGGUGUGUAGUUUUAAAGAUAUUUUUUUGGCCAUUUUGCCUUUAAUGGACAGGACAGGUAAGCUUGAGGGGGGAGGGGAGAGAGACAUGGGCAUGACAUGCAGCAAAGGGCCACAGGCUGGAUUUGAACCUGGGCUGCUGUGCAUGGGGUGCCUGCUCUACCACUAAGCCACCGACACCCCUUGGUGUGGAGUUUGCAUGUUCUCCCUGUGUCAGCGUGGGUUUCCUCCAGGUGCUCCCACAUGUUCUCCCUGUGUCAGCGUGGGUUUCCUCCAGGUGCUCCCACAUGUUCUCCCUGUGUCAGCGUGGGUUUCCUCCAGGUGCUCCCACAUGUUCUCCCUGUGUCAGCGUGGGUUUCCUCCAGGUGCUCCCACAUGUUCUCCCUGUGUCAGCGUGGGUUUCCUCCAGGUGCUCUGACAUGUUCUCCCUGUGUCAGCGUGGGUUUCCUCCAGGUGCUCCCACAUGUUCUCCCCGUGUCAGCGUGGGUUUCCUCCAGGUGCUCCCACAUGUUCUCCCCGUGUCAGCGUGGGUUUCCUCCAGGUGCUCCCACAUGUUCUCCCCGUGUCAGCGUGGGUUUCCUCCAGGUGCUCCGACAUGUUCUCCCCGUGUCAGUGUGGGUUUCCUCCAGGUGCUCCGACAUGUUCUCCCCGUGUCAGUGUGGGUUUCCUCCAGGUGCUCCAGCUUCCUCCCACAGUCCAAAGACAUGCAGGUUAAUUGGUGACUCUAAAUUGUCCGUAGGUGUGAAUGUGAGUGUGAAUGGUUGUCUGUCUCUAUGUGUCAGCCCUGUGAUAGUCUGGUGACCUGUCCAGGGUGAACCCUGCCUCUCACCCAGUGUCAGCUGGGAUAGGCUCCAUCUCCCUGUGACCCCCAACAGGAUAAGUGGUUACAGAAAAU